UCAAAACAUAGUCAGUGAAUUAACAUUUUCUCCCUUAAUUCUUUGAAAUUUUUUUGUUCGUCGCCAAAAAAACGCUACAAAAAAUUGUAAAAAUUUGUGUUAAAAGUGUCUUAAUUGUUGUAUCCGUCAAAAAGUUUCACAAAAGUCAAAUUACAGCCAGUGCAGUGCAAUUUCCGUCACUAAAAUAAAUUUGUAAUAAUAAUAAUAUAUAUUUACAACAAUAACAUUACGACUCGAAUAAAAGUGCUUCCGUUUUGAAUUGAUCAAAAAAGAUAACAAUAAAAAGUUUAGAGGAAUUUUUCACAAAACUCAAUUGGAGAUAAAUAUUUCAAAAGGAAGUCAAAAUAGACGAUAGAUUGCUGAACUGAAAAAAAAAAAUUUGAAGAAGAAAAAAAGUUGAAAAUGUCUACGUUAAAAUUCUGGAAUAAACAAAAUAAUAGCAGCAGUAGCAACAAAGAGCCAAAAGAGAAUGGCGGAGGUGUUGUGGAAAAUGGAAAACAAGGCUCCAAUGGCAGAAAUUGGUUGCAUCAACCGGAUGCACUGACAAAUGGCCAUGUGGCGUAUCUAGUCAAGUAUUUGGGUAACACUCCAGUGGACCAACCGAAAGGCAUUGAAGUUGUCAAGGAGGCAAUCCGCAAAUUGCAGUUCACACAACAGAUCAAGAAGGCUGAGAAUGGCAGCAACUACAAGACAAAAAAAGUUGAGAUUACCGUUAGUAUAGAUGGAGUGGCGAUCCAGGAGCCACGCAGCAACAACAUUUUGCACCAAUUCCCGCUUCACAAGAUUUCGUACUGCGCCGACGAGAAGGGAGCCAAGAAAUUCUUCAGUUUUAUCGCAAAAACGGGCACGGGACCAUCCUCAGCGUUCCCCAACGGCGAAAUUCUGUCCUCGUCGAGCUCCAAUUCGAAUGGCAUCCAAAAUGGAACAAGCAAUGGCAGCACGAAUGGAACCGCUGAAGAAGGGCACGAAUGUUUUGUGUUCAUUUCGAAUAAAUUGGCGUCUGAUAUUACGUUGACGAUUGGACAAGCGUUCGAUUUGGCGUACAAACGCUACGUUAACGACAACGGCAAAACCGCCGAAGUGACGAAGCUGCAACAACAAAAUCGUCAAUUGGAAAAUACGGUGACCGCCUACCGUCAACGCUUGAAGGAGCUCACGGAAGUGAUGCCGAAGAACGAUUUGGAGCGACUUUUGGUCCGUUUGGGGCUCCGUGAUAUCCUGGAAGUGCCACAAGAGAACGGCAGCGAUGGCGGUGCAAAUGGCGUCAAUGGCAGCAAAACUCCUGAUUUGGGAAUUGAUGUUUCGACACCGAGCAACGAUGAUCAACUCUUGAUUGAGACAUCGCCGAAGCACUUUGCUCCAAUUGUGCCACCGAGAAACAUGCAAAAUCCGUUGCAAUCGACACUGGAUGCCUUGAAACCGUCUGUUGGCACAAAAUUGGAGGGUUUGCUGUUGAAUUCCGACAGCGAUAGUGAUUUUGAUCCGCGUGCCGAAGAAACGGAUGCCGUGCAAAAUGGAAAUAAAAUCACAAAUGACUUGUUUGGAUAUGAGCCGCCAAAGCAGUCGCCUGGGCAGCAAUUGUUCACGAAUAAUUUACUCUCUAACGGAUUCAGCAAUGGCGUUACCACAAAUGGAUUGUCAAGUCCACCACCGUUGUUGGCUCCUCCACCAAAGGCAUCCACGCCUCGUCGCAAUACUCCCGGAAAUAACGUUUCCGCAUCCCAGGAUCUUUUCGGAUCGACGCCAUUCUCCAUGCAACCAACUCCAGUAUUUGAUGCACCUGUUACUUCUUCCGACUCACUUCCUUUCGAAAAUUCCCUCGACGCGCUCUCCGUUGCCCCCGCUCCGUUCGAACAAAAGUCCGUCAUGGACGAUCUCUCGACUCUCACGAGUAUUUCCAACCAAUUUAACACAAUUCUCAGUCACAGUCCCGUUUUCCCCGCUACCGAGACUCUGACACAUUCCGUCUCGAAUCCUUUCCUCAAUGCCACGGAAACCCCGAAUGGCAUUACUCCUCUCUCAAAAUCUCCCGCUGCCUCCAAAUAUGACGCCUUCAAGGCGUUCUCCGACUGUCAUGCGCCCCUUAUUAGCGAGCCAUUUGCCAAAGCACAAGAAAACACAGACAAAAACACGAACAAGCCGAACCCAGACCUCUUCAAAGACUUUGCUGUGUCGGCUUUUAAUCAGUUUAAAAGGGAACCACAGCAAACGAAACUUUUCUAAAACAAUAAAAAAAACACACAAUUUUUGGCCAAAAACAUCUUUCAAAAAAGGCUUAUCCUUUGAUGAUUUCACCCUUGAAAGUCUGGAUCCUCUGAGUAGUAAAUAAAAAACCAAUCAACAAAAUUAAGGGAAAAAAGUGGCAAAUUUAUGAAGAAAAAGUGCAGUUAUUAUAUUAUAUAUAUUCUUAAAUGUAACUAAAAUAAUAAUAUUUAAUGUGGUAAGGCAAAAUGCGAUUUUUUGAUAAAAAAAAAAGUUAUAAAUAUGCAUAAAAAUGAGAAAUAAUCAAAAAUUAUCUGUUAGUUAAAUAAAAAUUAUAUGUUAAAAAAACACAAUUGUUAAUACGCAAAAAUAAAAUAAAAUAAUAAUUUAAAAGAAGAGACAAUAUAAUAAAAAAAAAAUGUAGGUAGAAAAAUAGACCGCCAGGCGGGUAAAAUUGCAAUAUAUUAAAUUUAAUAAAAGAGAAAAUUUUUGAAUCUGUAUAAAAAAUUAUUAUUAUUAUAUCAAUGAAAAAUUGAUCAAAGUGCUGUUAUAAAUAAAUUUAAUUAAAAAAAAACAAACAAAAUAUAUUUUAUAACUAUAUAAUGUUUAUUUUUAAGGAACCUGAAAAUGUAUGUAAAUAUUUCCUUUUUUUGAAGAACCCAGAAAAAUAUCAA